AUGGCGGAAACACUCAACACUCUUAUCGAUCGACCGUCUGUCUCCUUUGAGAUUUCCUUCGUUCAAGGAGCCGAUGGAACCGUUUUGAACGAGCAGGAAACGGACAAAUUACAUUACAUUAGUGAGUUGCGGAUCUGAUGAGUUAAGGAAAAUCGGUUUAUUUCAGUUGAAAAGGCGCUCUGGAAAUUGCAUGAACUCGGAGUGAAAACCCAUGGAUCCGACACCUGCCAGUUCAUUUCUCGGCGUUCCACAACUUCUGGUGAGACUGGAAUUGCCAGGUGAGGUCUUUCAUUCACAAAAUUCUCCUUUUUGAGCGUUAGCGUUGCCAGACGCUAAACGACAGGAAUAUUUCUAAUGAUUCAUUUUCAGGCGCCUUGGAGAUACGAUCGUCAUUGUCACUUCUGCCGAGCACAUUUCCAGCGAAAAAAUGCACGCAUGCACCAACGAAUACAAGAUUUCGCUGGUGUUCCCAAAAACGGCCGUCGACGCUUUGAGAUCUCCGGUGCCGGAGAGAUCGGACGCUGUAAUCGUGAUGGCCGACGAGACAAUGAAGAACGCUUUCGAGAUGAUUUUCGGAACAGUGCUCCACGAACUGUGCCAUGCCGUUAGUUUAUUCAUUCAAAAACGCUGGAGGAAACAUCUUUCUUUUCAGUUUGGUGCUUUCCAUGCGGCUUCUGGGCUGAUGUCUGGACUAAUUGAUCUUUUCCCGGACAAAGAAACGAUUUCGUUCGAUGACUUCCACUUGUCCGAUGUGCUCGACGAUCAGUCUGAGAGUUUGGUCGUGGAAUCGCUGCAGAACAAGAUGAUGAGUUUGCCAUUCUACAAGAUCUCUCUGAACAAUCGGUAUCUGGUGAUCAAGAGUGACGCAACCAUCAAAUGGAUGAUUUUCCUCAAAGAGUAAGUUUCCAAGAAAGAUAUGUAUGACUAUCUGUAUGUUUUCAGGACGUCCUACACAAAACAGUACUAUUUCUGCAAUACCAAAGAGUUCAAGUGCUUUGUGCCGGAACAGAAGGACUGGGACGCGCUGUAUCUGAUGUUCGAAGGCGGUCUCACGAUGUUCUUCCGAGAAGAAGACGUCAACGACGAGGAACCGAAAUACUUCAUCAUUAAGCAACUUUGCUAG